AUGUCUGCACAGCAACCACUCCACGCCAUCUGGGAGGCAUCGGCCAAGCAGCCCUUCAUCCCCAACGUCGGCAAAGACGCUCAAUUCCUCGUCGGCUUCGUCCUGCUGCUCGCAGGCUUCGUGCUCUCCAGCUUGUUCGGUCUUAACCUCUCCGCCAAGAACCUUCCAACCCUUGCUGUCCCGGCUUCUCUAGCAUUCGGCUUCGGUGCGGUAUAUAUGAUCUGCGCAACGGGUGUCUAUGUAUAA